AUGGCGAUAUUUCGACAACAUGUAGAGGAAAGUCAUCAUGAUUUGGUCAACUUAUUGACUCAACAAAUGGCUACAAUUCUAAAUCCUAUGAUGGCUGAUCACGAAUCGAAAUUCGAACGUCUUGCAAGGCAAGUUGGGCAGAUUGCUCGAAUCCUUGAUUAUGAUAAAGGUGAAAGGCAUGAUGUCAGGGGAAAUAAUGAAGGAUUCGAAAAUAUAUUUCAAAAUGAAAACAAGGUUUUAAAUAGAGAGAAUCUUCAAAUAAUUCCCCGUGGUCAAAAUGCAGAUGAUGUUCUAGCCCGAUUACAUGCUAAUCAUGGUGGUGAACGUUAUCAAGUCACAAGAAUUAUGGAAGAGGUACUCAAUCGAGUUGGUUUGAACGUUGGUUUUAUGAACCAACCCCAUUUUGUCUCUGCUUUUUCUCAAGUUGUUCAAAUGGCUGAAGUGCCAAGAGGGGUGAAAAAUCCAAAAAUAAUUACAAAAUUUGCUGGGAAAGUGAGAGACUCAACUAUUGAACAUGUCGCUCGAUAUUUGGUCGAGAUUGGGAAUCUAGCCAAUGAUGAGAAUUUAAAAAUGAAUUUUUUCCUUCUUCAUUAG